GCCGCUCUAACGCUGAGGGCCGCUCUUGCCGGCUCCCGAAGCAGCCCGCGCCUCUGGAUCCACCCGGUUCCCUGUUCUCCCCGCCUCGCUUCGUCCAGCUGCUCCCGAGCAACUUUGCGGCCGACUGGAGGCCCGCGGACGUCGCGGCGCCGCGUGCGUCCUCUCGCGGGCUGAAAUGAGCUUGCAGAGGCUUUGCAAUCAGCCGUGAAUUCGAGUUUCAGCACCUGCACCAGAGAGGGGUCUGGCCUUGAGCAGGUCCCACGCCUUCUCACACCUGAGUGUCCUCCUCCGCAAAGCGGGGUGAGAGACAAGCAGCCAAAGCCCAAGGUUGUGUGGCGCAUGGCGGUGAGGCAGGGAUGCAAGGCCUCGCAGCAUCAGGGCCUGGGAUCGUAACCGCUGUGCAGUCUGGUGAGAUGGACCCCAGCACCCCCCCUCCAGGCUCGUCUAGUUUGCAGCCCCUGCCAGCACCACAGCCCCGGGCUCGGCUCAAUGCCACUACCUCGAUGGAACAGGACAAGACCGAGCCACUCCAAGCUUCUGGACCUCGCCCAGGCCCAGGACCUGGCCCAGGUGUUGGAGAGGCACCCGCUGCAACUGAGCCCCACGCCCAGCGUGCCAGGAGCCGAGAAAGGGCAGACAGAACCGGGCCUGCAAAGGGAGAUGCGGACAUCCCCUUCGAAGAAGUUCUGGAGAAGGCCAAGGCUGGGGACCCCAAGGCACAGACAGAGGUGGGGAAACACUACCUGCGACUGGCCGACACCGCCGACGAAGAGCUCAACAACUGCACCGCCGUGGACUGGCUGAUCCUCGCCGCAAAGCAGGGCCGGCGGGAAGCUGUCAAGCUGCUUCGCAGGUGCUUGGCAGACAGAAAAGGCAUCACCUCGGAGAAUGAGCAGGAGGUGAAGCAGCUCUCCUCCGAGACUGACCUGGAGCGGGCGGUGCGCAAGGCGGCCCUGGUCAUGUACUGGAAGCUCAACCCCAAGAAGAAGAAGCAGGUGGCCGUGUCAGAGCUGCUGGAGAAUGUCGGCCAGGUCAACGAGCAUGAUGGAGGACCCCAGCCAGGCCCUGUCCCCAAGUCACUGCAGAAGCAAAGGCGGAUGCUGGAGCGCCUGGUCAGCAGCGAAUCCAAGAACUACAUAGCGCUGGAUGACUUCGUGGAGGUCACCAAGAAGUACGCCAAGGGCAUCAUCCCCACCAACCUGUUCCUGCAGGACGAUGACGACGAUGAGCUGGCAGGGAAGAGCCCCGAGGACCUGCCGCUGCGCCCGAAGGUGGUCAAGUUCCCCUUGCACGCCAUCAUGGAGAUCAAAGAGCACCUGAUCGAAGUGGCCUCCAAGGCCGGCAUGCACUGGCUGUCCACCAUCAUCCCCACCCACCACAUCAACGCCCUCAUCUUCUUCUUCAUCAUCAGCAACCUGACCAUCGAUUUCUUCGCCUUCUUCAUCCCCCUGGUUAUCUUCUACCUGUCCUUCGUGUCCAUGGUGAUCUGCACCCUCAAGGUCUUCCAGGACAGCAAGGCCUGGGAGAACUUCCGCACCCUCACCGACCUGCUGCUGCGCUUCGAGCCUGACCUGGAUGUGGAACAAGCUGAGAUCAACUUUGGCUGGAACCACCUGGAGCCCUACGCCCACUUCCUGCUGUCGGUGGUCUUCGUCAUCUUCUCCUUCCCCAUCGCCAGCAAGGACUGUAUCCCCUGCUCGGAGCUGGCCGUCAUCGCAGCCUUCUUCACCGUGACCAGCUACAUGAGCCUGAGCAGCUCCGCAGAGCCCUACACCAGAAGGGCACUGGUCACGGAGGUGGCUGCUGGCCUGCUGUCCCUCCUGCCCACCCUGCCUGUGGGCGGGCGCUACCUGCAAGUCCUUGGCCAGACCUUCUUCACCAUGCCCCUCGGCCACUUCGUGGUCCUCAAUGUCAGCGUCCCCUGCCUGCUCUACAUCUACCUCUUCUACCUCUUCUUCCGCAUGGCCCAGCUCAGGAACUUCAAGGGCACCUACUGCUACCUGGUGCCCUACCUGGUCUGCUUCAUGUGGUGCGAGCUCUCUGUGGUCAUCCUACUGGAGUCCACCGGCCUGGGGCUGGUCCGUGCCUCCAUUGGCUAUUUCCUCUUCCUCUUCGCUCUCCCCAUCCUGGUGGCUGGCCUUGCCCUCAUGGGCGUGGUGCAGUUUGCCCGGUGGUUCGUGUCCCUAGAGCUCACCAAGAUCCUGGUCACCAUGGCUGUCUGCAGCGUGCCCCUGCUGUUCCGCUGGUGGACCAAGGCCCACUUCUCAGUGGUGGAGAUGGUGAAGUCCCUAACGCGCAGCUCCAUGGUCAAGCUCAUCCUGGUGUGGAUCUCGGCCAUCGUACUGUUCUGCUGGUUCUACGUGUACCGGUCGGAGGGCAUGAAGGUCUACAACUCCACGCUGACCUGGCAGCAGUACGGCUUCCUGUGCGGGCCGCGGGCCUGGAAGGAGACCAACAUGGCACGCACCCAGAUCCUGUGCAGCCACCUGGAGGGCCACAGGGUCACGUGGACAGGCCGCUUCAAGUAUGUCCGGGUGACCGAAAUUGACAACAGCGCCGAGUCGGCCAUCAACAUGCUCCCGUUCUUCAUCGGCGACUGGAUGCGCUGCCUUUACGGCGAGGCCUACCCCUCCUGCAGCCCCGGCAACACCUCCACGGCCGAGGAGGAGCUCUGCCGCCUCAAGCUCCUGGCCAAGCACCCCUGCCACAUCAAGAAGUUCGACCGCUACAAGUUCGAGAUCACGGUGGGCAUGCCCUUCAGCAGCAGCGGCAACGGCACCCGCGGCCCCGAGGAGGACGAUAUCACCAAGGACAUCGUGCUGCGGGCCAGCAGCGAGUUCAAGAGCGUGCUGCUCAACCUGCGCCAGGGCAGCCUCAUCGAGUUCAGCACUAUCCUCGAGGGCCGCCUGGGCAGCAAGUGGCCCGUCUUCGAGCUCAAGGCCAUCAGCUGCCUCAACUGCAUGGCCCAGCUCUCGCCGGCCAAGCGGCACGUGAAGAUCGAGCACGACUGGCGCAGCACCGUGCACGGCGCCUUCAAGUUCGCCUUCGACUUCUUCUUCUUCCCGUUCCUGUCGGCGGUGUGAGGACAUGCCCCCAGCCGGGGCAGGCUUCAGUGCAUGGCGCCAUGAGGCCCUUCCCCGUGUGGCCACCCAGGCAGACAGUUGCAACACUACAGCUCAGUGUGUGCGUGUGUGUGCUCAUGUGUGCAACCCAGGGCUUCGGAGGCCUUUUCCUCGUGUGUAGACUGCCCGGGCCCCGUGACGUGGCUGUUCAGCUCUGUCCACUUUGAAUGCCAAGCGUUGCUGGAAAUUGCAUGCAGUCUUUAGCCACCACCCCAGCCUUACUGAGUGAAGCCGUGUGCCUGGCUAGACUAGAAAGAUCCCCAGAUCCCAACCAAUCACUUUGCAGAUAAAUCCCUCCUCCUCCCCACCACCUCCAAACACCCUGUUGCCCUUUAUUUACUUGUGUUGAAUUUGUGUUUUUUAAAGAAACGAUACGCAUCUGUGUAAACUCAGUGGUAGCAUUUCCUAUUUAUUUGGUUUCUGCUAAGCCCUGACAGCUGUUUGCCUGUCCAAGGGAACGUACCCAGCUGUUUGGGGCUGUGUGUCAGGGCCAGGCUGAGCUCUGGACCCUCAGUCUUGCUGGAGGCUCUCCUGUCCAGUGGGCGGGCGAAUGUGUACAGGCUUUGCCUGCCUCCAC